UCAAUAAUUACAGAUAAUGGCAAGCCCUUUAGCAACAGUCUCAUGGACAAGCUAUGUUUAAAGUUCAAGUUUGCCCAACAUUUUUCCUCCAUGUACAAUGCUGCUGCGAAUGGACUGGCAGAAGCGUUUAAUAAAACCCUUUGCAAUCUCCUUAAGAAGGUUGUUUCAAAGUCCAAGCGAGAUUGGCAUGAAAGAAUUGGUGAAGCACUUUGGGCGUAUCGAACGACUCAUCGUACUCCAACAAAAGCAACUCCUUAUUCCCUUGUGUAUGGAGUUGAAGCUGUUCUCCUUUUGGAAUGCCAAAUUCCAUCUCUCAGGAUCGCCAUUCAAGAAGGUCUUACUGAUGAACGGAAGGGCAACCCAAGGCAACACGUCGCCCAUUUUGUUGAAACAUGCAACAAUGCUAGCACCUAUGGGGACCUCAUGGUGAAACAGUUUGUCCGGUCCUUGGAGGACGUAGCCUUUGAAUGGUACACUGACCUUCCUGCUGGGUCAGUGGAUAGUUGGGACCAGUUAGAGCGAGAAUUCUUGACACGUUUUUACAGUACCAAGCGUACUGUAAGCCUCCCUGAGCUUGCUAACACCAAGCAAAAGAAAGAUGAGUCUGUGACAGACUUCAUUGAAAGAUGGAGGAAUCUCGUCCGAUUUUCUUUAAAAGGUGAGGAAACGUGCUUACCUUCAUACAAAGCUUGACGGGAGGUUUGCUGGGCAGCAGGCAUAGAAAGUGGAUGUUGUAAAGAGUCUGGCUCUCUUUGAGGACUUCUAUUGCAUUUCUGCUUCUUUGAAGAUGGACUAGGGUAAGGGCAAGGGCUUGAGCUUGUUCUUGUCCUUCAAGGGAUUUAAGACUUGCACUUGAAACUUUUCCUCCUCGAUAUGGAUUUGGAGCUUACCCUUGGCAGGAGGUUGGAGUUGAAAUUUCGAGAAUUGUUGAGGAAGCUUGAAGCUUGUUGUUCCUCUCCUUUUCUCCUUCUUCCUCUCUCCUUUUCUUCUUUUUCUUCUUUUCUCUUUUGCUUCUGAUGGCCUAUUUAUAGGCAAAAGGAUGUUGCCAAAUGACCUCAAAUAUCCUUCACUUUAAGGAUAAUUUAGUCAUUUUAAUAUAUUUAUUUAUUAUUA